AUGGAGAAGUUGACUGAAGAAUUGGCCAGUUCUUUGAUAGAUGACUUGAGACAUGAUGAAGAUUUGGACUGUAUGCUGUCAGAUUUUCCUUCUCGUGGCAUUAAUCAUGAAUUCGUGUUAAUGAUUGACAAGAAGUUUAUACCUGAGUGUGAUGCAGGGGAUCCGAAUCAUGCUAAGAAAUCAUGGAUAAGGUGUGCUGCCACAGCGGCUGCUUAUGUGUACAAGUCUGUUGGUGAGAGUGUAUCACAGCCAUUACGCGUAUGGUUAAGCAAUGCAGCGAGUGCAGUGAUUCUCCAUGGACUUCUUGGAGAGCUGACUACUUCAUCAACACAAGCAGAUACGAAAAGAAAUGCAAAAAGAGAGAAUAUAUCACUACCCGAUACAGUUGUAGAUGAUCGUUGUGAUGGUUAUUGGUAUUAUGGUAGUUGGACGGUGGAGAAUGUGGCGAGUAGCUCCGAGAUGAGAGGUGUGUUGAGAGCUGAGAUGGCGAGUGCAUGUAUCUCGGUGAUGAUUGCCUCUGUGGUCAAUUACUUUGAGGAGAAUCGCUACACACCGAGCGGGUUCAGGAAGGACAGUUAUGCGUGGAGAGUACUUGGAAGUGGUGUAAUGGAGAAAUAUGGUCUGACAGAUGAGUCGGAUAAGACCAAGGCAAUGCUGAUCACUGGUCAUUGGGUAUCAAAAUUGGUGGUUUUCGGUAUGGCUACGAAAGGCCGACAAUUUAAGCACCCAAUUCGACCUGUGAAGAGGAUCGGCUACAAGCAGUCACUUGAUAAAAUGGAUAUCAAUAAGUAUUUCGAUGAUAUCCCGGCUGGCUUCACACACACACGAAUCGCCCACGCCAUA